GAAAUUCACCCAAGUGAGAAAACAGUCAAGGGGUGUGUCUCACUUUUGACAACUGGGCCUCCGAAGCUAGCAAGCUAACGUUACAAGAAAUAGCUAGCUAGUUUCAUGACGACAAAAUCAUACCAUCGAUGUGUCGGUUUAGUAACUACAUAUAUUUUGUAUGGACAGUUUUCUUAUGCAUUAUCUAAUGCACGUAUGUUCUCUAGAUUAGCAAGAUGCCUAAUAACGUUAUAGCGAAAUAGACGACAAAAUCAUACUAUCGAUGUGUCUGUUUAGUAACGUUAACUACAUAUAUUUUGUAUGGACAGUUUUCCUAUUAAUUCUAUAAUGCACAUAUGUUCUCUUUAGAUUAGCAAGAUGGCUAAUAACGUUAUAACGAAAUACUGUAUAGUUAGUCUUGUUAGCUAGCUGGCUAGCUAACUUUGGCAGGCUUUGUUUUUGUUGCGCAAAACAAACAGUGAGAAGCGAGUUACCAGUGUUACAAUCUCUCUGGGAAAGAGUGCAGAGACAAUAUCAUCUUUUCAACAAUCUUUUUCCAUAGAGAGGAACUUUGAGAGAAUACAGAAUUCAUCCUGAUGACAUCCCAGUAACUGCACUUGAAACACAUGGCGAGCUGUGGUGAGGUGGACCACUCAGUGGACUCUGUGUCCUCCUCAAAGGUGGAAGACGGAGGGGACGCCUUCACUGGUGACUCCCCCAGCUCACCUACCCCCUCGGCCAACCCCGUGCCGGAGUGUGCCAUCUGCCUCCAGACCUGUGUCCACCCGGUUCGCCUGCCCUGCCGCCACGUUUUCUGUUUUCUGUGCGUCAAAGGAGCCUCCUGGCACAGCAAGCGCUGCGCUCUUUGCCGACAGGAAGUACCUGAGGACUUCCUGGAGCAUCCCACUCUUCUGUCCCCAGAGGAGCUGAAGGCAGCAGCCGCAGGAGGGCGAGGAGGAACCGGGCCGGGGAGCGCUGGGGGAGACCAUGCAUGGUACUACGAGGGGAGGAACGGCUGGUGGCAGUAUGACGAGAGGACCAGCCGUGAGCUGGAGGACGCUUUCGCCAAGGGCAGGAAGAGCGCCGAGAUGCUGAUUGCUGGCUUCCUGUACGUGGCUGACCUGGAGAACAUGGUGCAGUACCGCCGCAACGAGCACGGUCGCCGCCGACGCAUGAAGCGUGAUGUGGUAGACAUUCCCAAAAAGGGCGUGGCCGGACUCAGACUGGACCCUGACCCCACCCCCCCAGUUGUUGCCGUGGCAGCUGUUCCGGUCACAGCGGCAACAGUGGAACGGCCAAGCUCUGCUGAUGGGGAGGAUGUGACUGGACGGUCGCAGGCGGGUGGCUUAGGGGUUGUCAUCCCGGCUCCUCCAGUCAGACCCCCCACAGUCCUGGGGGCCCACCCUGCCACCGCAGCCUCCAUCUCCCUUGAAGACUCUCUGUCCCAGCUCCUCAUCAGCCAACCAGAGGGGGAGGAAGAGGAGAAUGAAGAGGUAGCUUCAAGAAUAAGCCAGGUGUACGAGUCAGCAUCUGGUAGCAGUGAGGAUGAGGAUGGUGCUGGUGAUGAAGUAGGGCGGGGGUGGGAUAGGGAAAGGGGGGGACGAGAAGUUGGGUCUCGACGGAGGCCCAGACAUAGACUCCUACAGCGCCGGCUCAGGGAGGUCCAGCCUGACAGACUGCCACCUGGUGGUGGGUCCUCCAGCGGAGGCCUCAGUGUGCGCUCACGCAGCCCUGACGGUCAAUGCACUGUCACUGAGGUGUGACCACAACUGGACCACUGUCUCUGCACUCAACCGGCUCAGCAAAAAACAUAUUCACUCCAUGCCCAUGGUGGUAUUGAAUAACCCAGUGGAAGACACCAGAUCAGCCAUUUGCAUUACAUAUACAGCAACAUAGGCUAAUCCAUAAUUUAUAAUACGUCAGCCAGUAAGAUUAUGCAAAAUAGCACACAUAAUAAAAUAGCCCAUACUGUUCCACUCUCUGCCACUAACCAUUUGAGCCUGUGUUAGUACCAAAAGGCAUGGUCAGCCUUAAUAGGCUAUCUACAGAGAAAUUGUGAAAUGAUAAAGGUUUGAGGUUUGGAGAUGACUUAACCUUUUAAAUGUAGCAUCCCAUCUCUAACAGGAGGCAAAAAUCUUGUUUUGUGUAAUGGCUGUUUACUGUAAUGAUUGUUCUAACAUCUCCAUUGAGCGUGCAUGAGUCAGUGUGUGUACUGAAGUCAUAUUCCAGACGAAUAUAAAAAUAUGUUUCUUAAAUGUCCAAUGCAGCUGUUUUUACCUCGAUAUCAAAUUAUUUCUGGGUAACAAUUAAGUACCUUAAAUAGCACCUUUUGUUUGAUAUUUUAUUAGGACCCACAAGAGGUCGCUGUAAGGUUGGCCACAACAGUUCUGCAAACCCACCCCAUAGAUCCCCAUCUUGACACAGAACUCGCCAAGCCACCAAUAGGAAGACAUACUGUGUCGUGCUUGCCUGUUUGCAGCCAUGGAAACAAAUUUCAAGUGCAAAACAAGUGAGAACACUUGUAACUACUGAAUGGAAGGUAUUUUAAAUUACAACAAGAUCACAAAUAUGCACACAGGUUCUAUACAUCAGGGGUGGAGCAUGGAAAUGAGCAAGCAGAGAUUGCGAAUUAAAGCUCUUUAAUCUGUCAGUAGCUGUGUGCACACUCAAUUCAAACGUGAUGCAUGUCACACAUUCCUAAGUAGAAAAGGUGACCUACAAAGACAGGUAGAAGUAGGAAGAAGUGAUUGGAGAUUUUUUACGAAGGACUUCCUCAUGAAAGAUGAAACAAACGAAGAUGUUGAGAAAAUAUGCUGAAGAUACUAUGAAAAUUGGAUGGAAGAUGCAUUGUACACACACCUGAUCAUGAGUGUUUGAGUUGUCUGAACGUUGAACCUAUUAUUUUGAUACUCUUCUGUCAAUUGAUUAUUGCCAUGUUUUAAAAAGUAUUUUUGACUUUUAAUUAAUACGAUUUAACUUCCGUGUGUGGUCUUUCUUGUUUAACUGUGAUGUUUUAUCAAAACAAUAAAGUGUUUGUCUAUUAUUUGACCUUAA